AUGAACCCGUCUGGGCGCCACACUAACCGUGUGCCGACGCUGUUUCAGCGCCCCUUCGGUGUAUUCAACUCUCCGAUGGGCGUCUCACCGGCGCAAAGCGCGCAUUCGGUUUCGCCAGAUCCCGCUGCCAUGUCGCAGGACUCUCCGGCACGCAUCGACAGCUUUACCACCACCUUAUUUGGCUCCAGUGACACAAGCGUCAUUACGGUGCCCCCUGCAGCACCGCAGCAGCUGAGUCCGCUUCAGCUCCGUGGCAACAGUGAUAUGCGCUCCAUCUGGUCGCCGCAGCAGGUGUCACGAGUGCUUCAGGGUCUCCCGCUUGCGCACGUAGACUCGAUAGCCGAAACGGAGCUACUGUCGAGGGGUUCCUGCUCAAAGAACGAGGAGGAGGCACGUGUGGAGGAGCUGCUAGCUGGUCCUGCGUCACUCUCAGCGGACCUAGCUGAGCUUGCUGCCCCACCUGCACCGCGUGAGAUGAAGGAGUCGGCCACAGAGGAGGAGCCGCAUGGGCUGAACUCGAACCCAGUCAACAUCGACUCCACCAGUGGCGGCCGCCGCACAUCCUUUGCCCAACGUAGCUUUUUUGCCGAAGCGGCAGUGGGGACAACGUCACCCACCGCUGCCGCAAGGGUGGAGAAGCUGUGCCGUGGCAAGGGGCCGCUCUCUGCUUGCCCUAAUACGCCACUGAGCUUGCAGGAUGCUGCACUGCGCCCGAUGGCACUGGAGAGGAGUGCGGCGGCGAGCGGCUUCCACAGUGUAGUGACGCUGGACGUGACGAAGAUGCCCCUGUCACUCAGCCCGAAAAGAGGCGAACCAUCAACAUGUACGCCUACAGUGCGACGCACAUCGACGGGCGCCUCGCGCCAGUCGACUGCCGAUACUGCGCACGUCAAGCUCCUUCCGGAGCCUCGAUCACCCCAGCACACGCAGCUACCCCCUCGAUUCUGCGUUUCGUCGUGCAGCUGGGAUGCCGCGACCACAUCCACACAGUCCUCGCGUGCCGCGUUCGGCGCCAAGCGGCUACCGCCGCUGGCGACCUUUAACGGAGUCCACCCCUCCGUCAGGACCUCCACUGCGGACAUUUCGCUGCAAGACUCCCGGCAGGUGGGCACUGCUCCUCAAGCACGCUACCGCGAGUCCGCCGAUAACGGCGCAUCGUCACCGGUGGCGGUGCACGCCGACGAGGAGUCCUCUCGCUUAAUGUCUCCAAACAUCAGCAAUCCCAGAGCCGGUGCGACAAACAUGGGAGAGUCCUCUGCAGUGCAGUCGCUGCCGCACGCAAGCAGGUUCGACUCCAGCGGCUUCUUUCCCUCCAUCGCAUUGUCCAGCGCGUCGGUAGCGCUGCUGAGCUCACAGGAAGAGGUUCGGCCGUCUCCGUCUUUGCAUACUCCCCCAACUGACCGCUAUUCGCGGCGCAACACGUCGCCACGUUCGCCCAGGCCUUCGUUCAUCACCCAUACCAGCUCCACCGCUUUAUCGACCUCUGCAUCACCUCAUUAUCCAACUUCGCUAACCCCGCUGCAGCUUCCCACUUCUACGCCUGCCGCACAGCACUUCCCAGCCGCAGCGACUCGGGCACUGCGGAUCAGGCAACACGGUGUGCGAUCCCCCCUGGAGGCCAUCUGGCUGCGCAGCGAGGGCCUCUUGGCUCCCUCGGAGUCCAUGCUGUCUUCCGGGGGGUGCAACAAGGUUGACAGUCCGAUCUUGAACGCCGCUUCUCCCCCGCCUGCCGUCGCAGCACAUAAUGCAGAUGCCCUUCUCGGAUCUUCUUCGCGGUGGCAGUCGCAGCUCAAUGUGCAUGAGCUGUCGUCCUCUAUGCUGUCGCACGAGAUAUCGACUGUGAGCAGUGGCAGCGGUGUGGCGCCGGGUAAUGUUAUGUCGCCGGCGGGGCCGCAACCAGUGAGGGAGCGGGAGCGGCGGUCUAUGAUGCAGCGAAUCUUCCGGGAGCCGAAGAAGGGAGGGCAGAGGGUCUGGGUGAGCAUCACGGCGCCGGACUCACGCUCCCCGUCCGAUGACGCCAGCGAGAAAUCGUAA